AGGUGUACGGUGAUGUUUGCAGUCCAUGACAUGGAGGCUGUGCAUGAUACCAUCUCCUUUGAGCAAUUUGAAGUCGACGCUGACCUGCAUGUGUUGGAUGUCACCAGUACGUCUGUUCCCAGCGGACAAUAUGAGCAAGACAUGCACAGCUGUCUGAUGUUUCUACUGAAUGAAGUGUACGUGGGCUUCACUGGAUGGCGCUACCAGAAAGACAUCCGCGAGAUGCACCAGAUUGGAUCAGCUGUGCUGCAGACGUUUGAGAC